CCAUGUGAAUGGAUGCAUGUGUGCACUUUGUCUUUUAUCAAAUCUUCCAUAUUUCUUUUCUGUGUAUCUCACUCAUCUCAAUUUCUUCCCAUUUUAAUAUUCAUUCUGCUUCAACUUCUGAUUUGCCAGAUCGAUCUUCAAUUGCUUUUCCUUAUUUUAAUCCAACAACACAAGGUUUCUAAGAAUUCGUCACAUGUUUGACCUGAAUUUCUGGUUUAUAAAAGGGGGAAACCUGUUUUUUUAUUCACUUCACAUGAUUUCUGAUACCUUUUGAAGCAAAUCCAUUAAUGGGGUUCUCAUUUAACCCCUCUGCAACUCGCCGCCGGUCAAUUUUCCGGUGAUCCAUGAUUUCAUACCCCCUUUCAUGCCUUUUCUUCUUCAAUCACCAAAACCCUAAAACCCUAAUCUUUCUUCAUCAGAAACAGAUCAAGAUUGUCGAAUUCAAAUACCCAAUCGAUUGAAUCAUUAUGUCGUAUGCCAAUUCAAGAUCCGUAAGGUUUCAAGAUGAUAUCGAACCACCAAAGUUCCAAUCCGUUAAUGGCGACAACAUGUUUAAGGUUAAAUACAACAUUGAUGGAAAGCAACUACCUGAAUCAAGAAAACCCGAAAAAAGAAUCGAAAAAAACCCGCGAUCCUCGUUAAAAUCGAAAGUUCUAUCUCGGGUUUUCUCCGAGGAUUACGAGCGAGUGAAGAAGAAAAUCUUGGAUCCUCGAGGUUUAACCAUUCGAAAAUGGAACAAGAUUUUCUUGAUGGCAUGUUUCGUUUCGCUAUUCGUAGACCCGUUGUUCUUUUACUUGCCGUCGGUAAAAGACAACGUUUGUAUCGACAUUGGAUUCACCCUCGAAGUUAGUCUCACCAUUGUUAGAUCAGUAGCCGAUGUGUUUUACAUGAUUCAGAUAUACAUGAAGUUCGUAACCGCGUAUGUAGCGCCAUCUUCCCGCGUUUUUGGAAGAGGUGAGCUCGUUAUAGACUCUUCCAAGAUCGCGAAAAGGUACAUAAAGGGGGAUCUUUGGAUCGAUCUUCUAGCUGCAUUACCUCUUCCUCAGGUGCUAAUUUGGAUAAUUAUACCGAGUUUAAGUGGCUCGACGAUGGCAAACACGAAGAACGUUCUCCGAUUCAUCAUCAUCUUUCAAUACCUCCCUAGACUCUAUCUUAUCUUCCCCCUCAUGUCGAAGAUCGUCCAAUCUACAGGUGUUGUUACAGAAACAGCUUGGGCUGGAGCUGCUUAUAACUUGAUGCUGUACAUGUUGGCAAGCCAUUUUAUAGGAGCUUGUUGGUAUCUUUUAUCGAUCGAGAGGCAAGAAGACUGCUGGAGAAUCGUAUGUCUUGCCGAGGAUCCAUCGUGUGAGGACCAGUUUUUUGAUUGCAAAAGAAUUAGCGAACCCAGUAGACGCUCGUGGUUCCAGACGAGCAACGUGACAAAUCAAUGUGUACCCACCAGCGACUUUUAUCCGUUCGGUAUCUAUGGGGAAGCAUUGGAUGCAGAAGUUACUUCGGCUUUGUUCUUCAAUAAGUACUUCUAUUGCCUUUGGUUUGGCUUGAAGAAUCUCAGUUCUUUGGGACAAGAUUUGAUGACGAGCACUUACGUUGGUGAAAUCAUGUUCGCGAUAGUAACCGCGGUUGUGGGACUGGUUCUAUUCGCGUUGUUAAUCGGAAAUAUGCAGACGUAUCUUCAAUCGACAACGGUUCGAUUAGAAGAAUGGAGAAUCAGGAGAACCGAUACAGAACAGUGGAUGCACCACCGGCAACUGCCGCCAGAACUACGGCAGGCCGUUCGGAGAUAUGAUCAGUAUAAAUGGGUUGCGACUCGAGGGGUGGAUGAAGAAUCCCUUCUCAAAGGCCUCCCGUUAGAUCUUCGUCGAGAUAUAAAACGCCACCUUUGUUACGAUCUUGUUCGACGAGUAUCGUUGUUUGAUCAAAUGGACGAACGGAUGCUGGAUGCGAUUUGCGAGAGGCUAAAACCGGCAUUAUGUACUCAAGGGACUUGUUUAGUGCGGGAAGGAGAUCCGGUGAACGAAAUGUUGUUUAUCGUUCGAGGAAACCUCGAUUCGUACACCACGAAUGGUGGUCGGACCGGGUUUUUCAAUUCGUGCCGGAUUGGUCCAGGUGACUUCUGUGGCGAAGAACUUUUGACGUGGGCCCUGGACCCACGCCCGAGCGUCAUCCUUCCAUCGUCCACCCGCACGGUGAAGGCCAAUUCUGAAGUCGAAGCUUUUGCUCUCAUAGCAGAAGAUUUGAAGUUUGUGGCAUCGCAAUUCCGUAGAUUGCAUAGUAAGCAACUACGACACAAGUUUCGGUUUUACAGCCACCAGUGGCGGACGUGGGCGGCUUGUUUCAUCCAAGCGGCAUGGCGGCGGUAUAAGCGGAGGAAGAGUGUUAGGGAACUCAAGGCUCGUGAGAGCUUUACGAGUGUUGAUUACGAGUCAGGAGCAAGCUCACCGGUGCAUGGUAGGAACAAUAUGGCGUCACCGGACCCUGGGUUUGGUGCGUACGUUAAGAGGGUUGGUGCGAGUAGGAGGCCGGAUGGCUCGAAAGCAGGUGGUGGUGGUUCGUUGCAAAAGCCAGCAGAACCUGAUUUUUCUGUAGAUGAGGAGGACCAUUGAAAAAAUGGUCUCAAAAUGUGCAAAAAGUGAAAAGAAAGAAAGAAAGGGGUGGAAAAUGAAAAUAUUAUUCAGGAAUCAGGAAUAUGUGAAUAUGUAGACUUAUUCCGUACUUUUAUUAUGAUUCUUGAAUUGUAUACAUGGAUUUAGAGGAGAUGAAAAGAAUAACAUUUUGAGUGAAAUUAU